AUGCGCUCAAUUUGUGUUGAGUUUGAUUCCCCAGAGCAAGUUGAGCAUUUACUCGAUGACGGUCUCAUGGUUAUCUGGCACGAGAUAAAGAAGGUGAAGGAAUUUUAUUUGCCUAUGAUUUGUUUUAUGUGUGGCGGUGUUGGUCAUCAAUCAACUGCUUGCCCGAUUGCUGAUAAACAACGUCAACGACCACGUCAUGUUGAACAAAUAGUAUGGAGUAAUAGUACAGUUAGAAAAGAAAAUACCUCAUCGUCUAUAUCGCCAUCAAUCGACUCAGAAAUGGUAAGUAAUGCCUAUUCAAUUAUACCACCUACAACAAGCAGCAGCAAUAGUUCUGUCGACCACCUACUGAUGAUUCAAGCAUCGAAAUUUGAAAACAUGUUAAAUGCAUUCGAAACAAGAAUGGCGAGGAAAAUAUCAACACUGGAAAAACAAAUUGGACAAUUAUCUGUACCUGACCAAUAG